AGAGAGAGAGAGAGAGAGAGAGAGAGAGAGAGAGAGAGAGAGAGAGAGAGCUGUUGAGUGUAAAAUAGAGAAGAUAAUGGGAUGACUUUCACCAUUACUUCCCACCUCUUGCUUCUUGGGGAUUCAAUAUUUUAUCUUCCCUAAGACCAGACAAGAAGUUAGAGAGAUACAGCGUUUGACAUAUUACUCCAGAGUUUUGUAGGUGAAGAAAGCCUAGCACUGAGAGAGGUGGUUGAUUCUUAAAUCUAGACCACUCUUUGAGAUGGCUACCGUGUUGCACUCCGAGUCCAGGCGCUUAUACUCAUGGUGGUGGGAUAGUCACAUCCCCAAAAACUCUAAAUGGAUCCACCAGAAUCUUGCAGAUAUGGAUUCUAAAGUCAAGGCCAUGAUUAAACUCAUCGAAGAAGACGCAGAUUCCUUUGCGAGAAGGGCAGAGAUGUACUACAAGAAACGUCCAGAGCUUAUGAAACUGGUUGAAGAAUUCUACAGAGCUUACCGUGCGUUAGCAGAGAGGUACGAUCACGCGACUGUGGAGCUUCGCCACGCGCAUAAAACCAUGGCCGAGGCGUUUCCUAACCAAGUGCCGUUCGACUUGAUUGAAGAUUCUGCUUCUUCCUCUUGUUCUGAGCCACGUACUCCUGAGAAAACUCCUCCUGGAAUCCAGCCUUUUUAUGACUCGGACAGUGCCGCCACGAGUAGAAGAGGGUUAAGUCAUGUUGGAAGUUCUGAAACAGAAGUUGAGAGUUUGAAGAGAACGUUGGUUGAGCUUGGGGCUGAGAAGGAAGCCUUGAGUCAUCAGUAUCAGCUGAGCUUGAACAAAUUAUCCAGACUAGAGAAAGACCUUAAAGAUGCUCAAAAGGAUGUUAAUGGUCUUGAUGAGCGUGCUAGCAAAGCUGAGAUUGAGAGUAGGAUACUUGCAGAAGGCCUUGAAAAGCUUGAAGCCGAGAGGGAUAAUGCGCUUCUUCGUUAUAAUCAGUCCAUGAGGAAGAUAGCAGAUCUGGAGGAAUCAUAUGCUCAUGCGCAAGAAGAUGUGAUGGGGCUUACCAACCGAGCAACUGAAGCAGAGACAGAAGCGGAGACUCUUAAGCAAGUGCAAAGUAGAUUGCAAUCCGAGAAGGAGGCUGGCUUAACCAGAUACAAUCAAUGCCUUGUGAUGAUAUCUACUCUAGAGAAGAAGGUUAAAGACGCUGAGGAGAAUGCUCUGAUGCUUAGCAAUCAAUCUGCAAAAGCAGAAGAUGAGAUUAAAGCAUUGAGACAAGAACUUCUGAAGGUAAAUGAAGUGAAGGAAGGUUUGAGUCUUCGGUACCAGCAGUGUUUGGAAACUAUAUCCAAGCUAGAGAGAGAAGUUAUUAAUGCGCAAGAGAAUGCUAAAAGGCUGAGUAGCGAAGUCCUAGCUGGAGCUGCAAAGUUGAAGACUGUGGAGGAGCAGUGUACUGUUUUGGGGAGCUCAAAUGAAACUUUAAAGCUAGAAGCAGAUGGUCUAACACACAGAUUAGCAGCUAAGGAUCAAGAACUUAUCCAGAAGCAAAACGAGCUUCAGAAGUUUCAAGCUAUGAUCCAAGAUGAGCACUCUCGGUUCUUGGAAAUCGAAGCCAGCCUUAGAAGUUUGAAACGUUUGCAUUCUCAGUCCCAAGAGGAACAAAAGGUUCUCACUUCUGAAAUUCAAAGCAGAGUUGACAUGUUGAGGGAGUUAGAGACUCGUAAUCAGAAGUUAGAAGGCGAGAUCAGCUCAGUUAAAGAAGAAAACCGAAACUUAAGCGACUCUUCUAUGAUCUCCCUAGAGACUCAGAGAUGCGAGAUCUCCACCUUGAAAGAGGUGAAAGGAAAACUCGAGGAAGAAGUUGCUAGACAAAUAAACCAAAGCAGUGCCCUUCAAGAAGAGAUCCAUCGUCUCAAGGAUGAAAUAAACAGCUUGAACAGAAGGUAUCAAACGAUAAUGGAGCAAGUGAAACUCGCAGGAUUGGAUCCUGAAUCCCUCGCCUGCUCUGUGAGGAAUCUACAAGACGAGAACUCAAAGCUUACCGAGCUGUGGAGCCACCAGAGAGGUGAUAAAGAUGCUCUUACGGAGAAGCUGCGUGAAAUGGAUAACAUUCUUAGAAAGAAUGUUGGUCUAGAGAAACUGCUGCUGGAAUCAAACACCAAGCUAAAUGGUUCUAGGGAGAAGACAAAGGAUCUGCAAGAAAGAUGUGAGUCUCUACGAGGAGAGAAGUCUGAGUUUACUGCCGAGAGAGCUAACCUGUUUUCUCAAUUGCAAAUCAUGACCGAGAAUAUGCAGAAGCUCUUGGAGAAAAACUCUUUACUGGAGGCAUCACUUUCUGGUGCAAACAUUGAGCUUCAGUGUGCAAGGGAGAAGUCAAAAUGCUUUGAAGAGUUUUUCCAGUUGCUCAAAAAAGAUAAGGCCGAGCUUACAAAGGAAAGAGAAUCUCUCAUCUCUCAGCUAAAUAGUAAUAAGGAGAAGCUAGGAGUUCUGGAGAAGAACUUCACAGAGUUGCAAGGAAGAUAUGCUGAUCUACAGAGGGAUAAACAUUACAAGAAUCUUCAAGUGGAAGAGCUAAGAGUCUCACUCGCCACUGAGAAGCAAGAGCGUGCUAGCUACGAAAGGUCGACUGACACAAGAUUGGCAGAUCUUCAGAGCAACGUGAGCUUUCUUCGAGAAGAGUGUCGCUCCAGGAAAAAGGAGUUUGAAGAAGAGCUUGACAGAGCAGUAGAUGCACAAGUAGAGAUCUUCAUCUUGCAAAAGUUUAUAGAAGACUUGGAGCAGAAGAACUUUUCCCUCCUGGUUGAGUGCCAGAAAUAUGCAGAGGCAUCAACGUUUUCAGAGAAACUCAUUACUGAGCUUGAAAGCGAGAAUCUUGAGCAACAGAUGGAAACGGAGUUCUUGCUGCAUGAGGUUGAUAACUGCAGGGGCGCAAUCUAUCAAGUGUUCAAGGCACUUCAGCUUGAAGCAUCUGACCAGAAAAUUUUGAAAGAGCGAGUUCCAGUUUCACGCAUCUUGGGUGGAAUCAGUGAACUAAAACGCUCACUUUCCAUCUCUGAAUAUGAGAAGCAGCGGCUUGUCAUUGAGAACUCUGUGCUCUUGUCUCUACUUGGACAGUUCCAAUCAGAUGGCAUGAAGGUGGAAUCAGAGAAACAAAAUGCAGAGAAAGAUCUGGAGACGAUAGUACACCGCUAUGGAAUGCUGAAGAAGGACAGGCUCGAGCUAUUGGAGAUGAACCGGCAGUUGAAAUCAGAACUGAUCGACAGAGAGAAGCGGGAGCUGGAUCUAAGAGCUGAACUACAAACUGAGCAUUUAAUGUUUGAGACUUUGCAUGAGUCAUACAUGGCCUUGCAUCAAGAAUACUCCAAAGCUCUCGACGAAAACAAAACCUUGGAUCUGACAUUCUCAGAGCUUAAAGGUGAAAUGUAUAUACUACAGGAAGAGAACGAUGCAAUUCUUCAGGAAGCUGUUUCCUUGAGCAACAUGUCUGUGGUUUACAAGUCAUUUGGGUUUGAAAAGGCUGAACAGGUUGAAGCAUUUGCUGAAAACAUUAGAAGGUUACAAGAUGUUAAUAGGGAACUGAAGCAGAAGGUUGAGAGAUUGGAAGAGAAGUUAAGAGGGAAAGAGUUGGGAAGUCAGGAGCUUAACAGCAAGCUUGAAAAGCUAGAGGAAAACGUCGAAGAAGCCAAUGAGCUAAACGAUCUCUUAGAACAACAGGUUUCAGAUAAAGAGGCAAUCUUGAGACAGAAGGAGAUGGACCUACUAGAAGCCCAAGACAUGCUCAAGGCUACACAUAACGCAAUUGCGGAACUGUGCCAAGAAGUUGAAGAGCUGAAGAAAGACUGCAAAGAAUCAAGACAACUGAGGGGAAACUUAGAGAGGCGUAUCUUUGAACUGUCUGACUUUAGUGGAAGACAAGAUGAAGAGAUUAAAAAGCUUAGCAGUUUGAAGGAGAAUUUGGAGUCAGAAGUUGAAUUGCUACACAAGGAAAUCCAAGAACACCGAGUUCGAGAGGAGUUCCUGAGUUCAGAGCUGCAGGAGAAAAGCAAUGAGUUUGAACUUUGGGAUGCGGAAGCAACAUCGUUCUUCUUUGAUCUACAGAUCUCAGCUGUCCGUGAAGUCUUGCUUGAGAACAAAGUUAAGGAACUCACGGGAGUUUGUGAAAGCCUCAAAGAUGAAGCUGUUACAAAGACCACAGAGAUAAAACAGAUAAGAGAAACAGUUGGAUUUUUGGAAUAUGAAGUGGCUGAGCUGAAGAAUCAAUUGUCUGUGUAUGAUCCUGUGGUAGCAUCUCUAGCAGAUGAUGUAAAAUCCCUAGAGCAAAAUGCCCUGGUGCUGAUGAAACUCCCUACACUAUCUGACCGUUGCAGAGAGGAUGAUGAGUAUCCAGAAGCGGUAGUCUCUCAAGAACCAAAAGGGCAUAGCAGUACCAACCAAGAAAAUGGAAUUGUGCUAUUGCAAGACAUGAAGAAAAGAAUUAAAAUCAUCGAGCAAGCAGUUGUUGGGGAGAAGAAGAGGCUUGGGAAGCAGAGAAGGCGAAGCUCCUUGCACAGAAGCAAAGACCGUAAGCUCUUUGAAGAGAUUGAACUUGAAGAAUUCUCUGGCGAAAUCAGACACCAGCCUAGAUCACCUGCAAUGACCGAGGCUAGAAAUGGUUCAAUAAUGAAAGACAUUCCUCUUGAUCAUGUUGCAAACUCUCCCUUCUAUGGAAGGAGCCGGAGGGGUAGUCGUGGCUCCAGUGACCAGAUGCUUGAGCUAUGGGAAGAAUCUGCUGAACCAGUGUCUACCAUCAAGUCUCUUAUGAACAAUAAAACCUCGAAAAAGCCUAUGAUUCCGCGUCUUCAUCGCAGAAGCAGGAAUCCGUCUAUUGAAUCUGAGAAAGCUGUUGACAAGUUAGAGUUAUCUAGAAACACUGAGGACAAUGCAAAGAUCAUGGAGAGGCUUUUGUCUGAUUCCAGAAGAUUGGCAAGCCUUAGAAUCAGUCUAAGAGAUCUGAAAAGCAAGCUGGAUCUGAACGAGAAACAAGGCAGCAAGUUCACUAACCCUGAUGUUGCUAGAGUGAGGAAACAGCUGAAAGAAACAGAAGAAGCCAUCCUUCAGCUUGCAAACACAAACGAGAUUCUUUCCAAGGAAAUUGAGGAGACGGGAGACGCCAGAGAUAUCUACAGAAAGGUUGUUAUGGAGAAGUCAAGACUUGGAUCGGAGAAGAUAGAGCAGAUGCAGCAAGAAAUGCAGAGCAUUGAGCGAACAGUGCUGAAGCUUGAAGACCGAGUAGCCAAAAGUAAAGGAAAGACAAAGUUCUCAGAGAGUAGGACAGUGAUACUCUUGAGAGACAUUAUCCACAAGGGCGGGAAAAGGACAGCGAGAAAGAAGAAAAACCGUUUCUGUGGCUGCAUGAGAUCUUCGGCAAAGGAAGACUAGGGUGGACGAUAACGUAACAUCAUCUAAGUUUACUAUCUUUUUUCACUUUGAUCAUCGAACUGACUCUAGAAGAACUUUGUGACAAGGGUUCUGAAAUAAUAGAGUAAACUUGUAGCUUAUGCUUAACUGUAUGUACCUGGUUUGACUCCUAUGUUUCCAACUUACAAGAACAUGUUGCUUAUGUUAUGAAUCAGUGAUCGACUUGAAAUCA